AAAGCCCUGACCGUUAACGAGACCCAAAAGGUCCAAGUAUAAGAAGUGGAAGUUGUCAUUGCCAAAUCACUCAAAUCCCCACGAACCUCUUCACUCAAAUCAAAUCAUAUGGAGUAGUACUAUUUUAUAAUCUUACAGAUUCAGAUUUAGAAUCAUAAAUAAAUAAUUAAUUAAAACGAAUAGAAAAGCAAAGUCAGCGCCGUUGAGAUUCAGAUGGUAUGAUUUCAACCUCCUCCUCCUUCACUCUCAGGAGAUCUCAUAGAGCUCGUCUGAAAUUUUCUCUUGGAUAUUGGCUUCGUGUACAGUUAUCAUUUAUGGGUCACAGUCUGCUGAACAUGAUAUAGAAUUUUGAAUCUUUGAGGAGAUGGAGAAGACAGGAAAUGAUACGGGGCCAGCAUCUCUGCCUCCUGAUUCUCCUUGGUGGCCAGCAGAUAUUUCCGAGAAACUACAGCAGAUCACUCUGGUUUCUUCAGAAGAUAAAACAAACUCUACUGUAUUGAGCAGCAAGCAGGAGCCAGAGGGGUUAGCAUCAAAGAGAGCGUCUCAGAUUCUGUGGGACACAGGGGAGCUUGCAGAACCUAUUCCUGAUGGUUUCUACUUUGUUAUUCCAGAAAGAAGAUUCAAGGAGCACUUCGAUACUAUUCCAUCUUUGGAUGACCUUUAUGCUUUGGAGACAGAGGGUCUUCGACCUAAUGUUAUUCUUGUCAAUCUGCAUAAAGAUAAGAAGCUUUCCAUGUUAAAACAGCUGACUCUCACAUUAGUGAAAGGAUUGAGUUCGACUCCAGCUAUAGCGGUGAAGAAGAUUGCAGGGUUGGUUUGUGAUUUCUAUAAGCAUCCAAAGUACAAGUCCACUCAUGUGAGUGGUACACUUGAGGAGGUCUCACAUGCUUUGGGUAGUCAAGGAAUACACAUGCUCUGCCAAAUGAAGGAUGGUUCCUGCCAUUCUCGAGCAAUCUUAUUCAAAGUUCUUGCUGAUACCGUGGGCCUUGAGUGCAAGUUGAUUGUGAGUUUACCAAGAGGAGCAGCACUGGAGUGCACAGAUUCUUCUAAGCACAUCCGUGUCACAGUCAUCCUGGAUUCCAUAGAACUACUGGUUGACCUUAUGCAUUAUCCUGGCAAGCUGUUUCCUUAUUCAACAAAGCAGCUACAUCGCUCACAUUUCUUUGGUGAGAGUGAUUCUGUAGAAACUGAUUCAUGUAACUCACCGAUGGAUCCCAUAAGUCCUACCUGUUUCAGUUCCGACUACAGUGGCACUGGAAGUCCUGAGCAUCCUUUCUUCAGAGGACCUGGGAGAUCCAUUCUUGGUGGUCGUGCACAUUCUUUCAAGGACUGCAGCUAUGACGUUACUUCUUCAAGGUCUGCUGGUGCAUCACCUAUACACACUCGUAGAAGAAGACGGAGGUCCAUUAGCAUGAUUCCGGAAAUUGGUGAUGACAUUGUAAGGGUUGUUCGGGAAAUGAAUGCAUCUAUGAAGAGAAAUCAUCUUUCAGGGGAACAAGCAACAUUUGAUUUGUCUACACGGAAAAGGGAAGAUAAUUCUGAUCAUCAAGUACUGAAUUACCGUCCAGAUGACCGAAAUACAGGAAAUGGUGAAAAGGGUCAAGCACCGCAUUUUCACAGAAAGUGCUUGACAUCUGACAAAGCAAUCUCGCUGCCUUCAUCUCCGCGCUGGAGCUAUGGUAGAGGCAAGGCAGGAGAAAUUUUUGGCAGUCCUGAUAUGACGUCAAGAUUGGACAAAGUGAUAGAAUCAUCAAGGAUCCUCAACAAACCAUUGUUACCAUUUGAUGAAUGGAACAUUGACUUCUCUGAGAUCACCAUUGGAGCUCGUGUUGGAAUUGGGUUUUUUGGAGAAGUCUUUCGCUGUAGUUGGAAUGGAACAGAGGUUGCAGUUAAAGUUUUCCUAGAACAAGACUUGACUGAAGAGAACAUUGAAGAUUUUGCCAAUGAAAUAUCCAUCCUGAGCCGCAUUCGCCACCCAAAUGUAAUAUUGUUCCUUGGUGCUUGCACAACUCCUCCUCGUUUAUCCGUGGUUACUGAAUUCAUGGAAAUGGGAUCCCUAUAUCAUCUGAUCCAUGUAAGUGGACAGAAGAAUAACCUCAGCUGGCAAAGGAGAUUGAAAAUGCUUUGUGAUAUAUGCAGAAUGAGGCAGGGUAUUGGAGGGACAUCAUCAAAGCAAAGCAUGGAUCUCAUGACCAUUGGAGCCCAAAGAAGAGUACAGACCCUCAUGGUGUAGGAGUUUGGAAACACAUUAGCAGUUUUCAGGAUGAUUUUUUCCAGAAAGUCUUUUUCAAAGCUGGUAAUGGAAUCAAGAUAAGAUUCUGGUUAGACAAAUGGAUUAGGGACACUACUCUGAAGGAAUCCUUUCCUAGGCUGUUCCAGAUAGCUACCAACAAGGAAGCAACAGUUGCACAAUACAGAGUUGACAAUGCUUGGAGCCCAAUCUUCAGAAGGAACUUGAAUGAUUGGGAAAUUAAUGAACUUCUUCUUCUACUACAGACACUUGAAGAAUGCAACUUAGAUACACAAAUCUCAGAUAGAUUACUUUGGGGCAGCACCAAGCAAGGGGUCUACACUGUGAAAGAAAGUUACAAGUUUGGGUGUGCCCAGAAUGGCAUCCUUGAAGAUUUUCCCUGGAAACAUAUUUGGAGGACAAGACAACCUCUUAGGGUCUCCUCUUUUACCUGGACAGCCCUUCAUAAGGCUUGCCUUACUCAAGACAAUCUCAGGAAAAGGGGCAUCAUUCUCAUCAAUAGAUGUUUUUUCUGCAAACAAGACAAUGAGAGUGUCAAUCAUCUUUUUUUGCAUUGCCCCAUAACAGCUAACAUAUGGCAUUUCUUCUUCUCUUUGUUUGGCCUCCAAUGGGUGAUGCCCUUUUCCAUCAAAGAUGCUUAUGUUAGCUGGAUAUGCUGGAGAGUUGACAAGACCAUCAAAAGGAUCUGGAGGAUGAUCCCAGCAGCAAUCUUUUGGAGUAUUUGGAAAGAGAGAAACUGCAGAUGUUUUGAUGGAAUAUCAACUUCCAUAAGUUUCAUUAAGGCUAGAUGUUUAGUUACUCUUUUCAGUUGGCACUUUUUCUCCCCUGUAAACAGUGUGGAUAAUUUUUUGGAAUUUGUUAGCUCCCUAACUCUAGCAGAAUAGGGUCUUAGGGGAUAUCUUUUUGGAUCUUUUGACUGGUUUACAGAUUUUUGCUCAGCUAGCUUCAUGUUAAUUCUUGUUUGAAGCAGCUCUAUGCUUAGUUGUAACCUCUGCAUCUUCUUGAUGCCAUUCUAAUACAUUUUAAUUACUUCACCAAAAAAAAAAAAAAACUUCUCUCUGCUCUGUAGUUAUCUA